AAUCCUUAAUGUCUGAGCUUUCUUGUGGUGUGAAUAUUUUCUUGAAGUUUUCACAGGAAAACCGAAAAAAAGACUUUUAACUUUGACGUCUGUUUCUAACCUAAAAAUUAUUUUGACAACACCACUGUUGUUCUUCAUGAAAGUGCCCUUUUUUGAUCCAAAAUCUUUCCCACGAAAGCUCUUCAAUCCUUCCUAGCUUAGCCUAAACCAUGGUACGAAUGAACGUAUUGAGUGACGCUCUCAAAUCCAUAAACAAUGCCGAGAAAAGGGGUAAAAGGCAGGUUCUUAUCCGCCCCUGCUCCAAAGUUAUCGUCAAAUUCCUUACGGUAAUGAUGAAACACGGUUACAUCGGCGAAUUCGAAAUCGUCGAUGACCAUAGAAGUGGCAAAAUCGUAGUCAAUUUGACUGGUAGGCUGAACAAGUGCGGUGUUAUUUCGCCCAGGUUCGAUGUACCUAUUACACACAUUGAAAAAUGGACAAAUAAUUUGUUGCCCAGCAGGCAGUUUGGAUAUGUUGUAUUGACCACUAGCGGGGGAAUCAUGGACCAUGAAGAAGCUAGGAGGAAACACCUCGGAGGAAAAAUCCUAGGAUUCUUCUUCUAACUGUAUAUUUUUAAAAUAAAAAUUUAAAAAUAA